AUGCCUUCCGAAACUGACCCUCUUCUCCCUCGCUAUGAGGAUGACACUGCCCGACAACGGCAGCUACACCAGAAGCUGCACUCCUAUCAAAUGCUGCGCGCCCUUUCUGAAGGCUACAUGCCGUCCACGGAGCAGACUAUUGUCAAUCUGCGCACCCUACUCGCCUCGGAUGUACUGAACCUGCGCAACCAGGACAUUGGCACGGUCGGUCGUGACCUCGUCCGUGACGCCCGCCUCUGGAUCCAAACCUUCAUCGAAUUCCUCAAUAAUAAGAAUGCCGAUGAUAAUCUGCAGGAAUUUCUAUGGCAUCUGUCGCGCGCACGGGUCGAGAUAGAUCGGUCGCAGAUCUCACAGCAAGCUGCGCAAGUUAAGGCGCGUGCCGAUACGAAAGCCGCAUACGAUAGCUUCCGCACCGUUGGCAGCUUACUUUUGACAAAUGCCGAUUUCCGUCUGUUUAUAGAUGAUAUUGCGACAGUUGGGCGGCAGAUCUUCGCAGAUACCGCGAGUUCAUUAGCGGAGACGUCCAAACAGGUUGCCGAGCAAGUCCAGCCUUCUGAAGAGGAACUGUACGCUAUAGAGGGUGCCGGCGCAGAUGAAGGACGGGCUCUAUCGAAAAAUGAAUUGAAGGAAGAAAUGGCACAGGUGAUCGAGGCUACUGGGAAGGGAAUAGCUCACACGGAGCAGGCGGCUGUGAAGAGCGCCAAAGAACAUUUGUCCGGUCGCGAACGAGAUACCCUUCUCUAUCGGCUCAAGAAGGCUGUUGAGAAAUUGAGAGAACGAACCGAUUACCAAGAUUCUGUCUCAACCAUCGUGCAGCUUUUCCAACGCUAUAUUGUUCUCUACUCCCGUGCUGCGGAAGAUACAGCCUCAGCUGCACAGGAAGAUCUUGAAUUCAAUUCAGACCUUAAGCAAGCAGUCGAUCAAUUUUGGGGUCUCUUGCGGUUGUUUGGGAACCCUCAAGAUUGGGAUCUUCUUCAAAAGCAGUUCCACAACGUUCUGAGCCAUGCAGAAAAGGACCCUGAAUUCGAAAGACUGAUGGGAGAAGUGGGCGGAUCUUUGCAGGACAUGCUCAUGGACCCGGAAUUUUUCGAUUCUGCUCCUCACAGAAUUGAAGAACUGGAACAACAGUCCGAGAAGGUCACUUCCGAGACUGGCCUCCGUAAAGAUGUGAACGAAUUCUUGGCCCAAGCCAAGCGGACGUUACGCAAUGUUCCUGAGGACCCUGCUGUGUCGAAGCUGGUCAAUGCGACCAAGAAGCUGCAUCAUGAUGCAUUCCAGGCUUACAACGAUAAGAAAAAUGAUCUCCCCGCUGACAUAGUCAAUGUUUUUCUUCCAGUUGUGCUGCGAGCCAUCCAAUUCAUUCCGAUACCCCGGCUGGAGGUAUCUGCACCCGAGAUGGAUCUACUUCUGGAGAAUUUGGUCCUGGAACCGGGCCACACAGUUAACUUCUCUUCUUUCCUUCCAUACCGCCUCAAUAUUCUCACCCGCAACGAUAUCAAUGUUGUUAAGAAGCAUUCUAAGCGAACUGAGACAUCUAUCAAAACCGCCUUUACAGUAACUGUCCAGGGCUUGAACAUCAGUGCGAAGGAUUUCGGAUACUGGCUACGGACCCAUACAGGUGUCUUCUUCCACUUGAAAGAUGAAGGUAUCGCCAGCUUCUUCCUCGACCGUCGUGGCAUUGACAUUUCUCUGGAUAUCGAAAUCGGCCGUGGCAGGCUAGAGCAAAUCUUUACUCUGUGCGGUGUACGCGUUCGCAUCCACAAGCUGGACUACAAGGUCUCGCAGAGCAAAUGGAAGUUCCUUCUCUGGCUGACCAAGCCCUUCCUGAAGCACCUUGUUCGCCGUGUCUUGGAAAAGAAAAUUGCCGAAGAGAUCGUGGCUGCAGCGUUUGCACUGAAUCGGGAACUCGUCUUUGCGCGUGAGCGGCUGCGUGCUGCGCGGAUCGCCAACCCACAGGACCUAGCUACUUUCGUGCGAGCUGUUAUUGCAAGAUUGAAACCGGCUGAUUCGGAUAUAGAAGCUCGAAUUGGCCUUGAUACCCCUGAGAGUGGCGUUUUCAAGGGUAUCUAUGCACCCGGGAGUAUUGUCAAGACCUGGCAUGAACAGGCUACUCGUGCCCAGGAGGCGAUCGAGGAUGGGGAUGAGACCCAUGGCUUGGGGUACACUUGGAGAAAUGAUAUCUUCAAUGUUUCUAGUGCUCGGUGA